GUGGAUUAGUUAGAAUUUGCCAGCACUUUGCUCCUGUUCUAGAGAUGAAUGAUUUCUACAUUUAACCCAACAAAAAAAUGGGGUUGUGUAACGUAUGUUUCCCUAACCCAGAACUAACUCCAAGGUUCCAGUCUCAGCUCGCUCUUCUGCCUAUAGCAGCCUCCUUUGGCUUAGGGUGAAGCCCUCCGCUACUCAGAUGCUGCCAGAUCUUAUUGCAGGACGGAGAACAAGGAAGAGAGUUCUGGACAAGCACGGGAACUGAACGUGUAAGGAGAAGUUAGCGAAGUAAGGAACAGGCCAGUUCAAACCACACGGGCAAAGCAGUACCAAGGCAGGUAGCAGGAGCAAGGUUGGGGUCACAGGCCAAGAUCAGACACCAGGAAGAAUCAAACACAGUACCAAAAUCGGAAGAGUGGUCAAAAAACAGGCAGGGGUCAGUUCGGGCAGCAGGAUGGUGAAGUCAGGGACAGGCAAGGGUCAAACACAGAAUAUCAGCACAAGGAAUCAAUACAGAAAGCACACAGGAACCAGGAAGGACCUUUACUUUGGGCAAUGACAACCAGGAAGAUGUGCCUUUAAAUAUUAGAGUUUUCAUGCCAUGCACGUUGACGUCACACGUCGCGACAAAGAAAGCCUAGAAAGAUUGCAGAGGGAGCGAAGAAGACGGUGGGCUUCCCUGCCAGGUCAACUUUGUAGCUUGCCAACUGGUUGCCCUUUUGAUUGCAUUUUGGUUUCGCAUUUAUCUGAAUCCUAGUAAUGCACAUCCUGCUGUCCGUCAUGCAUUUGCCACCUUCGUUGGAGUCUACUUUGCUGUGUUUUGCUUUGGAUGGUACUCUUUGCACAUAUUCACACUGGUACUCCUGUGCUACUGUAUCAUGAUUACAGCAAGUGUUACAAAUAUUCACAGGUACUCCUUUAUAAUGGCUAUGGGCUACCUCACACUGUGCCAGAUUAACAGAGUGUACAUAUUUAACUAUGGCAUUUUAUCCACUGACUUUUCAGGACCUCUGAUGAUUAUUACUCAGAAGAUCACAACCUUGGCUUUCCAGUUGCAUGAUGGGUUGGGAAGAAGUUUUAAAUCACUCACCAAAGAUCAACAGCAGUAUUCUAUAAAAAAGAAACCCUCGUUCUUGGAAUACUUGAGCUAUCACCUCAAUUUUAUGAGUGUUCUUGCUGGACCAUGCAGCAAUUUUCAGGAUUAUAUUGCAUUCAUUGAAGGCCGACAUAUCCAAUCAAAGCUCCUCAACUCAAAAGCGAAUGGAUACACUAAACUUCCAAAUCCAUCUCCAAAUGAAGUGGUUUUAUACAAGCUGUGCGUUGCUGCAGCAUGUCUCGUUGUUUUCCUGACAUUUACCAAGGCCUUCCCAAUUUUGUAUGUAGUUGAUGAGACAUUUAUAAACAAAACCCCAUUCUCGAUAAGGUUGGGCUAUCUCUACUUUGCAACACAGGUCUGCAAGCCAAAAUAUUACUUUGCAUGGACGUUAGCUGAUGCUGUUAACAAUGCAGCUGGUUAUGGUUUUAAUGGAGUGGAUGAGAAGGGCAAGUUUCGUUGGGAUCUGAUUUCCAAUUUGAAUAUCUGGAACAUUGAGACUGCCACCAGUUUUAAAAUGUACAUAGACAACUGGAAUAUUCAGACUGCAGCUUGGCUAAAGCGGGUUUGCUAUGACAGGGCUCCAAAGUACCGGACAGGCCUAACGUUUAUGUUGUCUGGGGUGUGGCACGGUGCUUAUCCAGGAUAUUAUUUCACUUUUGUUACAGCAAUUCCUGUUAUGCUUGCUGCAAGAGCGAUGAGAAAUAAUUUUCGACAUUUCUUCAUAACCUCGACAUCGUGGAAAUUUCUUUAUGACACAUUAACCUGGAUUGCAACACAGCUGGCUAUCUGCUACACCGUUGCCCCAUUUGUCUUGUUGGCAGCUGGACCAUCCAUUCAACUGUACAAGUCAUUGUAUUUCUACCUGCAUGUUGUAUGCUUCCUUGCACUCAUUGUUUUGCCAACAAAGCCCAGUGGAAGAGCAUUCUCCAAAGGCCUUGAAAUAAACCAUUCAGAGGAGAAGCAAAAUUCAGCAGACAAUACUAAGAAUCAUUUGAGCUGAAUCAGUCCAAAGCUCAAAAAAAAAUUGGCCAAAUAUAUCUGGCUAACUGCUUGAUAUUGUGUCCAUUAUUUCACUGGGACUUAAGUUUAUGUGGAAGUUGAGUUCGGAUAUGAAGGAAAAGUAGUUUCUCUUAUUUUUACCAAUAUUUUAUACAAAUGAAAUUGCUUCCAGUCCUGUCAAUGAAGGAUUAUCGGGAAAUACAUUCCAAGGUCGUGUAAAAGCACUUUUUGACGUGCAAUUUAUCAAUACAUGAAUCUAUCAUUAGUAAAAGCACAAGCAUUCCAAUUGACUCUGUUACAGAGUGAGAGUUGCACCUGCUCACACUUGCUGCUCCGGCCUGCAAUCCCCUCUCUUACUGCCUGCUUGCAAGGGUGCAUGCAAAAAUUGAAAGAAAUGGGGGGGGGGGGAUUUCAAGCUACAUACGAAGCAGACCCAGUGGUCCAGGACCCCCUAUCCCCUGGGGGCCCAGCGAGGUCUGUAUCCUCUAUAGUUAUACCACUGAUUGCCUGCAUUCAGACAUAUUAUAUUCAUGACAGGCAGACAGAUGGAGGCAUAUCGGCAUGUAGAGUAAAGCUCUACAUGCAACAGAAGUGCUGAGUGAAUGAGCCAUAAGUGAUGCUCUUGCACUUGUGUUCUGAGAUUUUGUAAAUUACCCCUAUUAUCUUUAUUGAAUUUUAUCAUUUAUUUAACCAAGGCAAAUUCAAAUUUGCAAGAAGGAAUGUUUAGUGCAAAUAAUAAUAUAUGUCUGGCUUUUAGGUUAUUUAAAAGACACAAAUGGAAGCUAAACCAUACUAAUAAAUUGGGUAUACACAUACACACUGUUGACAUCCAGUCAUUUUAGUAGAGUUGCAGACUGCCACAUGAAGUAACAUGUAUAUGUUUGUGACUUUUAUGUAUAUUUUCAGAAUUAAACAACAGUAAAUUAUAUCUAAAUGACGACGUUUCAAAAUAAAUACAUUUUUCUAUUUUAUUGUU